AUGGCUGCUGCACUCCACAUCGACAAGCCCGAUCGUCCUGAAUUAGUCAAACAUGACUCAUCGAUUCUUGAUCUGGCAUUUGCAAUGGAUUGUACAGGUUCAAUGAGCUCAUAUAUCGAAGCUGCUACUAAAAAUAUCCGUUCAAUUGUCGAAGAAAUUGUCGUUAGCGAAAAGAGUGAUGUUCGUUUAGCACUCGUCGAGUAUCGGGAUCAUCCACCUCAGGACUCGACAUUUGUAACGCGUGUCCACAACUUUACAAGCAAAGUAAAAGAGAUGAAAGGAUGGUUGGAGCAGUGCAAAGCCGAUGGCGGUGGGGACGAACCUGAGGCAGUUGCUGACGCACUUCAGGAUAUUCUAAAAUUAUCAUGGCGUCCUGAAGCUACCAAAAUUUGCAUUCUCAUUUCGGAUGCACCACCACACGGACUUGAUCCUUCAGGUGAUGGUUUCCCUAAUGGAUGUCCAGUCGGUUUAGACCCAAUCAGAAUCGUACGAGAAAUGGCCGAGAAAAAUAUCACACUCUAUACUGUCGGUGUCGAACCUCCAAUAGUACCUUAUCGUGAUUUUUUUAUGGCACUUGCAUACAUUACUGGUGGACAAUAUGUACCAAUGGUGAAUGCCAAACUGUUGGCUCAAGUGAUCAUUGGUGGUGUACGUGAAGAAAUAUCGUUGGAUCGUCUUAUGCAAGGUGCUCAAGAGGAUAUUGUUCGUGCAAUGGACCAAGCGCACACCGAUGGUCUCGAUGAAACCGAGACGGCGGCACGAAUUCGACAUACUUUGGGUAGCAAAAAGAUGCAUGCUCAUCGAAUGAAAAAUAAAGCUGGAGUGACGUCAAAAGAAGCUGAAGAAUACUAUUCGAAAUGUGUUGACAUGUCAGAAAUGAAAAGCAAAUACAAGAAAACGGUAAUGGAUUCAAAAGUGACGAUGGACGAUAUGGACUAUAAACUAGAUGAAGAAGAGGAAGUGAGCACUGAACAAGCCAAACGAAUUGUACAAAAGGCGAAACACUGGAAGAAGUAA